AUGCAUUUAUACUCUGUUUUCCUGAAUGGUACCAACGAAGACGGCUUGCUCGUGCAGGACUUCUGGACAGACACGAUCUUGAAUAAGAUAUGGGGGCCUUUCCUUUGGGACGACAUAUCGUAUCCAUCUCCACCACUCGACAUCGACGAGACAGAGUCAAGGACCUCAAGCGUAUUGCCAAUACGUACUCGGCAUCACUCGCAAUGUAGCCCGUCUACCUCACGAAGUGGUCCACGCGGCAACAUCCGCGGGGUACAGGGGGAUCAGCCACCUAACUCUAGAUCGGUUGACAUGCCUUACAACCAGACGCCUCACUGCGCCCAGGACGACUUCCAGACUUCCAACGCGUCAUGCACGAGCAACGAUCCACCUCCCAAAUCGCUACGCCCAUACAUAUCGCCUCCAUCUCGCCGUGGUCCAGUACGUGUGCCGUUGGGUGUCCUUUACGAGGAAAUGCCAUUGUCACUUGCACCAUACCCUCGAUCAUCAAAACUUGAAAUCGUUCCCAGUGAUAACGAUCUCGUAUCCCCACUCCUCAAUAUUUUUCCUGAAGGAGAGUCGUUUCUUCUGCUGGACGACGAAAUGGACUAUAUGGAAGAUAGACUUAGCCCUCUGCCCAAGGAGGCUUCGGGCUUGCUUCAGCUCUGA